GAAUGGAAAAACUACUUCCAACCCUGAAGCCACAAAGGGCACCUCUGGUGGAGAUACGUCAGGCGAAGACACCAAAAAGACAUGCAACGGAGCCACGGCUGGGAAGAAGCGCAAGAAGGGCAAGCAGGCCAGCACCGUCGCCAAAGCCGCUAAAUUGCCUCCGGCUAAAAUGGAGCCAGUGGGCAUCACAAUCCCCAAACCCCCUGAAAAACCCAAAGAAGAGGAGGACAAAAUUAUAGAAGAAAUUCCCAAUCUCGAUUCUCCCUUGUUCAAAGACGUUCCCUCGAAGAAGGUAGAUUCGUCCUCAGACUCGUCUUCGUCUUCUGGAGGAAGUUCUUCGUCGGAUGAUUCUUCUUCCUCUGAUGAUGAUUCUGAUGAGGAGGAGGAGGAGAAGAAGGAAUCUAAGCUGAGCACUGAUGGACAGAAAGAGAUACCGUGUUCAGAGCCCCCAAAAGCUCGCACCCCCAUUAAACUGACAAUAUCAAAUGUUGGAAAACCAUCAGCUAAAGUCACAACUACGUCCUCUCGGGACAUUGUGGACAGUAACUCUUCUGAUUCCGACACAGAUGUGGAAGAGGGAGAGAAAGAAGUGACGAUGGAGAUAAAUAACUCUGCUGUGGAUAAGUGUGGUGAUACUUUACCCAAAAAUGAAGCCCCUAAAGGAAAUGGAUUAACCAAUCAGUCUCUCAAUGGACCUACAGGGACUUCGGAAUUCAAAAUUAAAACGGAUAUUAAUGUGGCUGUUUCGAACCAUCUGGAGUGGAACACGCUAGAGCGUUCUGACAGCAUUCAUGCAAAGGAGCAGUGUAACCCAAUGGAUUACCAGAGUGUUCACCAUCAGGCUAACCAUGAUGGCCAAAACCAGAGUGACUUCCAAAAGAUAGAAACACCUUUACCAUGCAAUGAUUCAUUUAAAGAUGAUCUUUUGGAUAAGGAUGCUUUUUCUGAAAGUGAAGACAUUGAUCCGUUUCAGCAGAUUUCAGCAGUCGUCAGUCGCAUCGAAAGAGAAAACAGUUGUGACAACAAUGAAGAAAAGAAGGAUUUCAAAGAUGAGACACUGUUGAGUGAUGUUGUCAUGAAUGAAGAAAAGGAAAAAGAAAAAGAAAGCGUUAAACAGACUGCCGACCAGUUGCCAGAACCAAAUCCACUUCGUGAUGGUCGGGAGACCAAAUAUUUCCCCGACGGAUUUAUACUGGCCCCAACUCUCAGCAAAUCACCAGAACAUCUACGCUCACCGUUGAAACUUCCAUCAAAAAGUGCUGACGUAUCGUCUCAGGCUGCAGAGGAAGACGAAGAGGAGGAGGAGGAGGAGGAGGAAAGCAAGAUGGAGGAUGAUGAUACUGAAACCGAUCUCAAAGAUGCUGAGAUGCCCACUGUUGAAGCACAAGCGAAUGAGAUUGCCGAAGAAAAGGAGCAAGAGGAGGACACUAAAACUGAGAAUGAAAUUUCGUCGGUUUCAGAGGUCUCAAAUAAUAAAACUGAGGAUACUGUCAAUGAAACUGAGCCAGAGUUGAGUCAGGAUGAUGGGCAGAGUGAGAGUUGUGAAAUUGAAACCCCUUUGAAAGAUGAAAACAUUAAGGACCAAAAUUUGAACAUCAAGACAAACAUUCCCUCGGAACAAGCUGUUGUGAGUGCUCCUCUAUCGCCCGUGGCGUCCGACCCACAAGAGGAGAAAGUAGAGCCUCAGGCUGAGAAUAGGCCACCAGCUGAGGACUUGAAAGACGAGCCAGAAGCAGUCAAACCAUCAGAGCCAGUCGUAGCUGCAGAACCAGCCUCAAAAGACGAAGGAGACGAAGAAUCGGCGAAACCAGCAGCUUCAGCAGUGGAAGAUAAAUGUGAAUCUGUAACCAAAACAAACUCUGCCACUAGUGACAGCCCCAGCUCUGCCAGUCCUUCGGAACCCUCUAAAGUUGUGAGCACAUCAAGCACCAGUAUUACAACCACCUCCACCACCACCACCACAACCACCAGCAGUAGCAGCAGCACCUCCGUCUCGAAGGGCUGCACCAAUGGUAUCAAAGACAGUGAAAAUCCGUUCAUAACUUGGACCAAAUAUGACGACGAUAACUCCGCCCCUAUGACCACACCCCUUCCAGCGUCCAGUCUCGUCCAAGCUCUAGCUCGUGCCCCGUUCCCUCCUCUGGCUCUCUCUGGCGACGCUCCGGUACCUCAGAUGUCCCCCCUAGGUGCGGCAGUUCCUCAACUCUCACCUCUUGGUCUGGCAGGCCUGUCACCUGGUAGCAGUCAGCUGUCACGCAUGUCGCCGGGCUCCCAGAUUGCUCCUCCCCAUAUGGCGUCACCGAACCCUCAGAGAAUGAGGACGUCACCCAGCCACAGCGUCAGUGGCAGCCGGCAGUUGUCUCCCACUCAGAACCGAUCUGGCUCUGCGUCUUUGCCCAGUGAAGCCAGCAAGACACAACCCUCAAAUGAAGAGCUGAAAAACAAGGCACCCCCUCCUAAAAGUGUGAAGAGAACAUCUCGGCUAUCGAACAUCAUUGACAGUCUCCGAACAUCCAAGGAGAAGCAAGUUGCAGGGUCUACGCCGGGCGGUUCUGAACCAGGAACUCAGGAAGUGUCAAAGAAGAGUGCUCUGGACGCUCUCUUGGGAACAGGUCGGAGUUCUCCGUCACAACCCGCCACCCCAGGCUCUGCUACCCCAAAGAAUUUACCAUCAUCAUCAUCGUCUUCAUCGUCUCCUUUAUUCACGGCCCCGACUCCAGCCAGCAGCGAGCGGCGGUCGUCCAGCUCCAGUGACAAAGCCUACCGAGACAACCACCUGAAUUACCACCAUCAGAUCAGCGCAGACACACGGGAUGCUAUCCGUUCUAGCUUGGAUGCAGCUCGGGUCCAGGCUGUCAAUCACAGCUUUAGCGCCUUCAGGGAUGACGUGGAUAAGGGUAAACGUAUGCUGGAAAACCUGGAGGUCAUGAAAAAUGGAAUUGCGGACCCAUACAGUAAACCGAACCCAUUGGAUGCAAAACCUCGUAAAGUCGAUGCUAGUCAGGCACACAGUCGUGUGAAGAACUCGACACCGGCACCACCCUCUGCCUCCAGCGCUGCAGCUUUGCCAUCGUCAAGGCCAUCAUCCAGGCAAUCGUCGAAACAGCCCAGUAGCCAAUCAAAUUACUCUUCUUCUUCCUCAAAGAAUACCAGCUCCACUAGCAGCAGCGGCAAUAGCAGCACAGGUGCUAACAACAGCAUGUACCAAGCUGCGGCUCCAUCUGCUGCUCUGGCUGCGGCACACUUGGAGCUCAACGCUGCGGCUGCAAACCUUUUUACAUAUCAACAUCUCUACGGGAUGCAAGAUCCGUACAUGAUGAAGACUCUGAUGAGCAAUCCGCUGUACCUGCAGAGGAUGAUGGAAUUCCAAAAACAGGCCAUGGAUCCCAUGAUGCUGAGACAGCUGGAGUUACUAGAAGCCGCUGCGGUCGCUGAGAAAAGCAAAAGCAGCAAAGAUCAACGAGCAGCUCUGAACGCACAAUCGAUACUGUGGUCAGCACAGGCUGCAUCGAUGCUUCAACAGCAACAGAUGCAGCAGCUGCAGCAGCUUCAGCUCCACCAUCAUCAGCAGCAAGCAGCCGUUGCCGCAGCAGCCAGAGAGCGGGAAAGUCGGGACACCAUUGCUGCCAUCAUGGCCGGCAAAAGCAAUAACCAACACAGCAGUGGCAUUAAGUCCACGGGCAGCAUCUCGACUGGUCAGUCUGGGAAAUCUAUCAUGUCUUCACUCGCAUCCUCCACCAGUUCUUCAUCCAACAAGAGACCACAACCCCACGCGGGCCUUUCGUCAUCAGACCUUUACUUAAGAGACGGGCCGAGUGUGGAGAAGAAAUCGAGGCCGAACUCCACUAGUCACUUAAACAAUCACAGCAGCUACCACUCUUCGCAAACAUCCUCCUCCUCUGGUUCAUCCUCCAUGGCCAAACAUUUGUCAUCCCAUCACUCCAGCAAACCGUCGGGUAGCGGUAGCAGCAGUGGCAAGUCUCGAAGUAGCACCAGUGGUAGUGCCACCUCCUCCAAACACGAGUACCUCGACCUGCCCACAGCUCUCCAGCUCUCCUCUGCUGGGGCCGCCCCAAAUAUGUGGGGGGCUGCCGGAUUCCCAGGGAUGUUGCAGCCUCCUUCGGUGGAUAUGGCGAGAAUGUCUCGGUACUUUGAACGGCAGAACGAAACUCCUUCCGCAUCUGCACCUUCAGGGGCUGGCCACUCGGAACCAGAGCCAACCGGUGCGGAAGUUUUGGACCUUAGUGUUAAACCACGCGCAAGCAAAACAUGAAGACGUGAUGACUUGAGAUGUUAACAAUGCUCUGGGGAGGAGUAAAUACAGAGAAAACAUAUUCAUACUCUUCAUUUGUAUACUCAGUGUGACAAUCAUGCAUUUUAUUUUGGAAUGUCAUAGACUUGUUCCACAUUUUCAUGGGUACAUAUAUAUUAAAUGUAUACUGUUCUCAUGGGUUGGCUUGAAGCGUAAGUGUCCACGCUUGGGUCCAUUCAUAUUAGUCCGAUUGCAAUGUGGAAACCUGUGUGGAGGUACAUAUCCAACUUUGUGUUUUUAUUCAUGAAGCUGUGACGGUUGUCGGGGACCCAUUGUCUUAGCCAGGAAGAGAAACAUGAACUGCAACAUGUUUCUUCUGGAUUUACCAAACUUCUCUCUCAUGUGUUUAAAGAAAUUUUGUGAACAUAUGGUCCACUCUCUCAUGAUGUGUUAGAGAAAAAUAUGUGAGCACGCAGUCCUUUCUGUUGAGUGUUAAGGAAAAUUUUUGAGCUCACAAUCUCUCUCCUGUAUGUCAGAGAAAAAUUUGUGAGCACACGGUCCUCUCUCUCUUGUGUGUUACAGGAAAAAUUUGUGAGCUUGCGGUCCUUUCUACAAGAAGUUUCAUGUGGAUUACAUAAACUGCUCGUGCUAAUGUGUGUAGAUGAUGUAAUUCACGUCAGUGUAUUCAAGUUGAAACUAUCUGAGGAUGAAAGGGAUAACUGCUGGUGCUCUGUGGCAUCUGUGCUGAGACUUCACAGUAGAAGGGCAAUAAUUUCUGUUUCUCUGCAUUCAUUUCUUUAACAAACCAGCAUUAUUGUACUUGAGACUUGUGUUUCAUCUCAUUGCUGUAUUCCCAAAGGGCUGGAAGCCAAAUGGACCAUGUUUUUAUGUUGGCCUGUAUUUCUUACCAGCUAUUGUAUGUUGUUUUGAGGUAUCUUUGGGAUAUUUUUUUUUUUUUUUCAAUUUUGCCUGUCCUAUAUUUUUGUUUGUCAUACUAUCUUGUACUCAAAUCGGCCAAUUCAAAUAUUGAAAGAGAAGCAAUAGCAUCCAAAUAAUCUAUUUGGAAUCAAAUGUUUGUACUGAAAGAGACUGAUCAAGAUCUGUGCAGUAUUUGAGGCAUGUGAGAACACUAAAGAUGACGUCUGAGACAAAUGGAAUGUGAAACAAAUGAUUUAAUAAAACCAGAUAAGUUUCUUCAUCAUACUUAUUCAAAGGUGUGAGAAACAAGAGAAAAGUGAAAUUGCAGACAAAAAUAAUGCUGUCCUCUCUGCCCUAACAUGAAUACUUGUAUGUAUGUACAUUUUAUGUUCUUGUCAUUGCCCUAAUCAUCACUGUCAGUUUGGUUGAGAAGACAUAUUUUAUACUUGAGAAGGUGGAUAACACUAACAAGGGGUUGACAUCUUGACACUUUAGACACGAGACUCACUGAUAUUUACAUGAUUAAGUUGAUAGAUCUUUUUUUCUUGGCUAUACUAUGUUUUCUGUCAGGAUCGGUUUGGGUAUAUUGUGAAACAGCUUGAGAAAUCAAGUAUCAUCUGCUGAUUGUUUUCCUUGUUUGCAACAAGUAUGUCAAUAUAAAAUGUCAGUACAAGCAAAGUGGAUCGCUGAAAGUGUAUGCAAACAUCUUAGAGACACAACUUACAGUGGUAUCACAACCCCAGUUUAUUUUGGCACGUAUCCAAACUUUUCAGAGCAAGUGUGGGCUUUUACAGAGUGAAUGAAUUUGUGGAAAAUAGAGAAUUUUGAUUAAUGAUUUUUUUUUUUUAACUCACUCAUUAUUUCAUCUUUGAAGCAAAUCUGGGAAUUUUUGUAUUCAGUUCCAUGACAGCAUGGUAUUCGGUAUGGCUUCUGAAGCUCCCACUUACAAGGGGAAAGAUUAUAAAAUUUGUUUUCAGAGUUUUGACGAGUAGGGACUUGCUGCGUGAGGCUGCACUGUUCAUGACUGGAACUGCCUCUUUUUAUAUUCCUGAUGAAGUGGGUAUAAUUUUCUCAGGUUACUAAAAUGACUGUAAUUCAUUAAUUUAAUCAUAAAAGAAAUGCACUGCUGACUGGUUUUGAAGAGGGUUAAAUUUGCAGUCAGUUUAUGGAGCACGGAUGUUGUAAACCUACACAAUAAAUCAUAUUCUGAGUUGAUCAAAAAAUUUUGAUGCAAUCAUAGUGAAAGUUAUAGAAUGUAAAAAGAAUUGUAAUUUUGGGGAAGAAAUGAGAAUGUGUUAAUAUCAUGCACAAUGGUUCAAAGUAAAUGUUUCUGUCAUUUCAAAUAUCACUUUUUCCUCUAGUGAGGACUUGUUAAAAAAAAAGACUGUUCCAAAGAGGUAGUCCUGGCCAAAUUAUAGUACAUGCAUUCUUUGUGACUCGGAAGUGUACAUCAAUAUCAAAGCCAUUAUAACUGUAAUUUUAGUUUUCUUUUUGAGAAGGGACAAUGAGUCGAUGCACACGCCUCCUGUGUGUCUUAUGUAGGGGAGACAAGUUUUCUGAAUAGAUGUGAUGAGUAUCUAUUCAGGUCAGAUUCUUGUGAGUUGAGACUGUCAUACAAGUUCAAACAUACUCUUCACUUAGAUUUUCUGUUGUUGAAUGAAAAUGUCGUUAUUUUUGCUUCAUCUGUAGGGUACAGUUUUCAUGGGCAAUAAAUCUAUGUGAUAAAAUUUUGUUGCAGAAAAGUUUUGGAUGGUUUAUUUUGGUCUCAGCAAUAAUGUAUUUUCUGAAGUCCAACAAAGUCUUUGAUAAGCGAUAAAUAUAAGAUUUGCUCAUGUUGUUAGAUUUUGUUUCACACUAUUUUAAGGUUAUGAUGACGACAGAGAAUGUGAAAAAUGAGGAAUGCUAUUUUGACACACACACUGACUCUCUAUGAUGUACUCAUUGUUCAAAGUUUAUUUUACUUACAGAAUUCGGUAUGGUGAUAAUAUGGGCACAAAACCAUCUAGUUUUUCUUCCCUGUCCUGAUCUGGUAAAAGAUCUGAAAAAGGGGCCAUUCCAUGUUUCGUGUGUCAGCUGACUGACACUACUUUUAACUUUAGAGUACAUACUACCAAAGUGUCUGUGUAUACCUGUCGAAUUAUUUAAUUAUUCAAAGUAAGUUACCAUACUAGUUAAAAUUUUAUAUAGACAGGUAACCCCUAACAAGAAAAAAUUAACGAAUGGUUCAAUCACUGUUAAAGACAUUUUUUUUCAUAAUUUUUUUUUUUUUUACAGCGGGUCAUCAUUCUUGUUUUACGUGUGUCACUGCAGCUUCUCUUUUCAUGGAAUGGUCCAAAGUGGGCCUAGCGUUUAGAACCCCACUUUACAAUGAUGGUCAUAGUUCCCCUGGUUUCAGAGAGUUAGUUUCUGAAUAUUUUAUUGAUUAUUUUGGUUUCAGAACAAAUACUGUUUUCAAGACUAUAUUAUCAUGUAAUUAUAAUGUGUCAGAAAAGAAUAUCAGACUCUUGACCAAAAAUCAUUACGUUUUGAACCGGACUCUUACACUGCCGGGAUGUUCUAAAAGAAGUUGAAGCUGUUUGAAAUUUGUGAAAAUUAUGACUAGGAUGAGGAAAGUGUUUUUGGCUGACUGGAGUGGGUCAAUAAAUUACUUUGAUAUAUAUUUUUCGAGCCCCGUUUUUGUUACCACCCUUUUUACACAAAACUUUUUCAGGAUACUUACUCACCUCUUUUUAAUCUUAAAGUCUGUGAAAUAAAUCUAAUUUAAUUUUAGCUUUUUCUUUUCUUUUCUUAAUUAAAAUAGAAAUGCUCAGAUCUGUUAUAAAUAAUAUUUCAACAGUGUAUUUGAACCAGUGCAUUUGUAUUCUUUUAGCAAGGGUAUGGAGUGGAGUAAAUCUUUCUCAUGCAAGUAUUAUAAAAUAUGUAUUACAGCAAUCAAGUUCCAUAACUUAAAAGAGACUUUGGACUGACAUUGGGUUUGAGAAGACAAUAGUUGAACUUCAUUGAUGGUUGUUUCUGACUUACCCUCCCCUCGCCCUCAAAUAAAGGUAUUCUUUCAGUACAUCAUCAUUUUGAAUUGCUUUUGUUUUAUAUUUUCUGUGUAUAUAUUUAAAAUGAUUUACUUCAUUGCUGUAUUUUACAUGUUGGUUUGAUGUCACGUUGAUCACCAAAGUUGGGAUGGAGGGCAUUACCUGUUGCAAAUAUAAGUGCAGAAGACAGUUUGCAACAGGGUUUUUUUUUCUUUGUGGGUGAAAUUAAGUUCAAGCUACCCUCUUAUAAAAUAUUUCUCCUACAUGGAUCAAGUUUCUGAUAAUGAUUUCUCUUACUGUGAAGCAAGGAAAGAACAUGGCUCGGCUGAACAUUGUUUUGAAGGAUGCAUCAUGAUGAUUGUCAAGCUAAUGCUUGGAGCUUACUGUAUAGCACGGGUAGUUUCCACACUUGUCAUUCUUUGCUUGAGAAAAGAAGAUGCAUUUCUCUUGCUGGAAUUUCACUAGCUUCAUUUUCAAAUAUAUUUAUCAAUUGUAAAUGGUGUAUUUUUGAGGAACUGCUACCACAAAAGAAUCCAGAGAUCAUAACUUUUUAUUCUAACCAAAACCCUGUUGUUUGACCGUUUAAUUUGUCGGAUUCUUUAUUUAGAGCUAAAACUAUGUGGUCGUGUGUGUAAAAACUUUUUGCUAAAUAAAGAGAGUACAAUUAUACAAAAACCAAGUAAUCUUUCCUAAGGUAAUAAUUGUGCAGAAUAAAUGAGUCCACCACGUACUAUAUCUGAGCUCCUUUUCAAUGCAGAUAAUGCUGAGCUACUGAAAAAAAUAGGCUUUUUUUUAUUCUGUUAUAAUUAAGAUCAAACAUUUACGCUCAAAAUUUGUUAUUGGACUAUUACUAUUGUUAUGAAAGUGAGUAAUUCAAUUCCUCCUUUGGUACAAUUAAUGUUAGACUGCCAGUAUCAAUGGGACUAUGUACAUGUACUUUGUUAACACAGGUGUGUCAUGGUCCUUUGUGUGUGUGUGUGUGUGUGUGUGUCUCAUUUGUGUGUGCCCGCCUCUGUGCUUAUAUGUGUGUGUGUGUGUAUGUGUUUCGUGUCUGUGUGUUCAUGUGUAUAUGUGUGAAUGUGUCUGUGCGGGGGUUUUCAUUUAAACUUUAGAUUUUAAAUGUUUCAUUAAGCCCCCAAUACUUGAAUACUCUUGUUGGGAAAAUAUUAGAUACUAUAAGAUGUUACUCUUUCCUGAUGACAGUAGAUAUAUAAUUGGUAAGCAAAGAUCAAGGCUAAAAUUUUACUCCUACUAAUGGUGAUGAUGAACAAACAGUUCAAAGGUGUUUUUUUUUAUUUUAUGAAACAUGAGGAAAACCAUUUAUGAAUUGUAUACAAUAAAAAUGUCUGUUCUAC